UGGAACCAAUAGAGCGGCCGCCACAAAGGACGCAUCCACUUCCGGCCGUAUUUAAAAUUUCUGCGAGUUAUGCUGCGCUUGUUUACUUUUAUAUUCAUAGUGCUAGAGAAGUGAGAGCUUCCAUUAUGGAUGAUGAAUGUUUAUCGCUUACUUGGAAUAACCAUGGAGCUACAUACAGAAGCACAUUGAGUGUCUUGAGAGAAGAGAAUACUUUAACGGAUGUUACGCUUGCUUGUGAUGGCAAGACAUUUGCUGCCCACAAGCUAGUGUUAGUAACAUGCAGCGAUUACUUCCGUCACAUUCUAGGGGAUGUGCCAUGUCAGCAUCCAAUUGUAUACUUGCGAGGAAUUGCAGCCAAAGAAAUGCAAGCACUGAUAGACUUCAUGUACACUGGACAGACAGACAUUCCUCAGAAAGAAGUUCCCUUAUUACUGUCAACAGCUGAAGCUCUACAAAUUAAAGGUUUAGGAGUUUUUAGUGCUGGUGAAGGGUCUGAUCCAGAGAAAAGCAACUGUGAACCAAAAAAAGAGAGUUCAGGGGUUUCCAGGAAAAGGCGGUCAGAACCUUUGGUGCACACCGGACUGAAAGAGGAUUCUGCACGUGCCAAUUCAAAUAGUACCACUUUGGAUAACCACUUUUUAGAAAAUCUUUAUAGCCACCAUUAUGCACUAAUGUCUACACCGAAAAGAAGAAAACCUGAAGAAAGGCCUUUGCUGAAAAGCCCUAACUUUGCAUCAUCUGCCCUGUGUUCAUCUAUUUCUGACAAAACUCACUCAGUAGAGCCGUCCUCACCCAUGAUUGUGAAAGAGAAUGGGGAAGGUAAUAGCGCCCAGAAAACUAACCAAGCUAUCAUUUCUUCUACAUUGUCACUUACUACAUCAACCUAUUCCACUCUCAGUCACAGUCCAGUCCAUCACUCGCAUAUAGAUAGUAGUAAAAGAAGUACUUCAAGCCAAGAACCUCUACAUGAUCCUAGGCCUGAGACUAAGACAGCAUCACCACGAGCAUUGAAUUAUACAUUAGCAGGUCUGGGAGGAAACAAGGAAGACUAUAGUGCAGGGUGUUUAGCUAAUAUACUAGAAGAAUCAAAUGCUGGUCUUGCAGAUACACCAGAAAACUUGAUGAAAGCUGAAGUGAAGGAAGAGGCUCUAGAUUUUACCAAUACUGCACUGUCAGAAGGCUUGCAUGGUGAAAAUAUUCCACUCAGUACCAACAGCAUUGAAGAAGAGACCCGUAUAUAUCUGGAUGCCUUUACCAGAAGUGCCAAUUUGAACAAAGCUGUUCCCCUUGAUGAACCACAGGAAAUGGCAUCUAGUGAUGGACGACCAUUUUCGUGUCCUAUAUGUCAUAAGUGCUUUGCAAAAGCUGCCAUACUGAAACGACAUCAUCUUGCCCAUUUCCGUCCGUAUGUUUGCCACAUAUGCACAAGAGCUUUCACUAGACGUGAAGUUCUUGCUGAACAUCUAUUGGAGCAUAAUGGUGCAGACUUGAGGUUACCUUGUCCAGUGUGUAACAUGACCAUAAAACGGAAACGUAAUCUCCAGGCCCAUAUAAAGGUAAAGCAUCCAGAUUAUUACAAGCAGAAAAUAGCUAGCAGGGAAUCUCUCUGUUGAGGGAUAAACUUUACAAGUGUAAGUGAUUUAUUGGUACUUACUUGUAUGGAGGAUAUUUUUUGUAACUUAUUUAUAAUUUUAUUUCUUAAUAAGGUACUUCUGGCUCUUUUGUUAUAGGUGUCUAGUCGCUGGACAAAUGGAAUCAUAGCUAAAGUAAAAAGAAAUUUAAAUAAUCGAUGUAAUGUAGAAUAUACUUAUAUUAUGUGCUGUCUCAUGUCAAAUUCUCAAAGAAACUUAUUUUCUGCAAUGAAAAUGUCUAAUUUUUUUCAGAAAGAGAAGGGACCAAUAAGGGAUCAUGAUCACUUUUAAUGGUGUUAGUUUUAUUUUCUUUUAUUUGCCUAAAGUUGAAUAGAUAAUUUGUUCAUGAAACUUACUUGGCAGAUAUAUAUAUAGCUGUAUUCUCCGAAGUCCGACAGAAUUUCAAAACUCGCGGCACACGCAGUGGGCGGCCAGGUGGUAGUACCCAUUCCCGCCGCUGGGAGGCGGAUAUCAGGAACCAUUCCCAUUUUCUAUUCAUAUUUUUUCUGUCGCCGGUCGGUAAACACCUGUUUACAGACCUCCGCCCAGGAUUUUUGGAUUUGACUCGUUAUAAGUAUCUGGAUUGACUUUUGGUUUUGACUCUGGAUUG